CAUUUUACUAGUGUCCACAUCAGAGCUGCAUUAUAACUAGUCCUAUAAAUAGACAAUAUUAUUAACUUCUAAGUUAUAUGAUUAAUUCCCUCUCCAACUAUUUAUUCCAUUCUCCACAAUAUUUGGAAGAAAUAUAAUUAAGUUCAAAUUAAAGUCAUCAUCAUGAGUUCUAACGUUGUACCUGUUCCAAAUGAAGAAAAUAUUAUUAUUAUUAUUUCUCAACAUGACCAAAACAAAUCACACAAAACCAAACUUUCCUCUAUUGUCUCAUUUCUCAAGGAAAGUAUAGCCAAAUUGGAUAUCAAGAAAGUUAUACAUAGUGUUAAAGUUGGUAUUGCUUUAGUAUUGGUAUCACUUUUGUACUUGCUUGAUCCUUUAUUCCAAAAAGUAGGACAAAAUGCUAUCUGGGCUAUUAUGACCGUAGUCGUUGUUUUUGAAUUUUUCGCAGGUGCUACACUAAGCAAAGGGAUAAAUCGAGCUAUUGGUACCGUAUUGGGUGGAGGAUUGGGAUGUUUGGCUGCAAUAUUAGCUGAUGAAAGUGGUGAAAUUGGUGGUGCCUUAGUUGUUGGCAUCUCUGUCAUUAUCAUUGGUGUUGGUGCAACAUACUCAAGGUUGAUACCAAGUGUGAAGAAGAAAUAUGAUUAUGGAGUUAUGAUAUUUAUUUUAACAUUCAGUUUAGUAGUAGUAUCUGGUGUUAGAGCUGACAAAAUAAUGAAAUUGGCUGGAGAGAGACUCUCCAACAUUGGGAUGGGCUUUGCUGUUUGCAUAUUUACAAGUUUCAUAUACCCCAUUUGGGCUGGUGAUGAACUUCAUUUCUCCACUGCAAAUAAGUUUGAUAAACUUGCCACUUCUAUCCAAGGGUGCUUAGAGGAAUAUUUUGUGAUAGCCAAUGAUAAGGAAAAAAAGGCAACAAUUGACAUCAGUGGAUGCAAAUCAGUGAUGCACUCCAAGUCUAGUGAUGAGUCAUUGGCAAAUUUUGCAAAGUGGGAACCUUGGCAUGGAAAAUUUGGAUUUUUUUAUCCAUGGGAGAAGUAUUUGAAUAUUGGAGAAGUUUUAAGGGAACUUGCAGCAAUGAUCAUCUCAUUUAAAGGGUGUAUUCAAUCAGUCAGACAGUCGUCCCCAACGGAAAGAGACAGCAUAAGAGAGCCAUGUGAGAAAAUAGGGUUGUCACUAGCAACAAUUUUGAUGGAACUUGGAGAUAGCAUAAGACACAUGAAAAGAUGUCGUGCCAAAAAUUUGAUAACACAAUGCAUGAGACAAGAGCUAAGCCUCCUUGUAAACUUACACAAUAAUAAUAAUAAUAAUAAUAAUAAUAAUAAUUCAACUGAUAAUGAAAGUAAUCUUGGAUUGGCCAGCUUUAUUUUUCAAAUUUUAGAGAUGGUGGACAAGGUUGAAUUGUUGGCUACAAAGGUGGAAGAACUUGGUGAAAUUGCACACUUUCACAACAAGAAACUUGAUGUGUGACUAUAAUGUCUUUGGUUAAAGAUGUUAUAUAAGCAUAUACAUAAUCCGUGUAAAUAAUUUUUACACUAUCAGAUCAGUCAAAAGAUAUAUAUUUCAAGGUGAGCCGUGAGCCUCCUUAAAAUGUAAACUUUGUAACAUAGAUUAUUAUCUGCUGCCAGAGGCAGAUUCAUGAUAUAUACACUAUGUAUUGAACUUUUAAGGUUCUAGAUUAUUAACUCAUUGUAUAUUUUAUAAAUUAUGAGCUAACAUAUGUACUAUUUAGUGUACAGUGCAUAUAUAACGAAUGAGUUUUACACAUAUUUUAUAUUCUGCAUCGUAAGUAUUUAAUUUAGAUAAAUUUGAUAUUAUAAUAAUAGGUCCACUCUUAUCUGAUUCAAUAAGUAAAUAUAAUUUAAUCUAAGGAGCUGGG